UCACAGUACCCAUGAUAGACGACUAGACGAGUGACGACAGUGUAUCAGUCAUCAGAGUAUGCCGAUUGCCGAGCGUGGUGUGUGACGAAGCUGGUUAACAUUCAUUUUUGUUUAGAAUUGUGUUUACUGUUUAGUUUCCUAAUAUUUGAUUUGAUUUAUAAUUUUAACAUAAUGGACAAAUUCAUUAAUCGAAGCACAAAAAAACAAAACAAUGUGAGUGAAGACGAUCCUGCAGUACACAGUUCGGAAACAAUAGAAAAAUCAAAAUGUUACAUAUUUAAUGGCAAGUUUUUUAAAAUAAUAAAUGUAGAAGACAAUGAUAAAAAUAAAAUAUUCGCACAGUGCCAAAAUUGUCCUAAAAUCGUGCAUGGUCAUAAAGGAUCAACUGGAAAUUUUUUAAGUCACAUUAAGGUACAUCUUGCGGAACCCUCAAGAUUGUCCCACGGAACCCUUAAGUUCCGCGAAACACGCUUUAAAAAUUGCUGGUAUAGACGAUUAACUUUAAAACUGUAUGAUUAAAUUUCUGAAAUAUUAUCUAUUAUAGAUAAGAAAGGAAUAACUAAUGUCAAAAUGAGACUGAAAAUGGAUUGAUAAAAUAUAGCAUCCCAGGAUAUUAAAAAUAAAUAAUAAAAAAAAUUGCUAAAAUCGAACCGGCAUGCAAUUCGGAUAUACACCUCUGAGACGUGGCAUGCAAUUCGGACAGAACCCUCUAUGACCUGGCAUGUAAUUCGGACACUUUUUUUUUGGCAUGCAAUUUGAAUGCAGCCGAUACGUACCCAGUGGUGUACAUACGGGGAGGGGGGUCCAGAUUCAAACACCCCCAAGGCCAAAAAGAAAAAAGAAAAUUGUU